UUUAACUGAAACCGUUGAUCGCUUCGUCUCGGUUGUAUAAAUAAAUAAGGAACACAGUUUCAGUCCGUAAUCUCUAAUCUUCUUCGUCGCGACUCAGACGAGGUUCCGCCGAACAUCUCUUUAAACCUUCUCCAUUGUUUAGAGAUUCUGUUGGAUUGUUUUUUUUUUUUUUUUUGUGUUCUGUCGGCUUUGGAUCUGUCGGCGUUGGGGCCUUGUUGUUGGAGCUAGGGACAAUGGAAAGUGAUUUGAUUGAAUUGUUUGAGGGAGCGAAGAAGGCGGCCGAUGCGGCAGCUCUCGACGGUGUUGCAUCCUCUGGUCCGGAGGUUGAGAGAUGUCUCGAUGCCCUAAAACAACUCAAGAAGUUUCCUGUCACAUACGACACGCUCGUUGCGACUCAGGUGGGAAAGAAGCUGAGGUCUCUUGCAAAACAUCCUGUUGAGGAUAUCAAAAGCGUAGCUACUGAUCUGCUUGAGAUAUGGAAGAAAGUUGUCAUUGAAGAGACAGCCAAGGCUAAGAAAAUCGAAAGCACAAACGGUUGUAAAGCUGAAACUGUCAAAGAGGCUAAGGUGAAUAAGAUGGAUGAUGAGAAGCCUUCAAAUCCCGCGCCUGUUAAAGUCCAGAAACUUCAGAGAGGUGAUUCGGCUAAGAGUAUCAAGGUUGGGAGAACGGAACCAGACAGCAAAGUCAUCACCGGCGCCAAGAUUGAGAGAAAGGAACCAGUCAACAAAGUCACUAAUGGAGCCAAGGUAGAUUAUCGUGGUCAGGCUGUAAAGGAUGAAAGGGUCUCAAAGGAAAACCAAUCAAGUAUGAAGGCUCCAGCUAAGGCACCUAAUGCUCCUCCAAAAUUAACUUCAAUGCUCAAAUGCAAUGAUCCUGUGCGUGACAAAAUCCGUGAGUUGCUUGUGGAGGCCUUGGCUAGGGUUGCUGGAGAAGCGGAUGAUUAUGAGAGAGAGUCAGUAGAUGCAAGUGAUCCACUCCGUGUUGCUGUUUCAGUGGAGUCACUGAUGUUUGAGAAAUUGGGUCGCUCAACUGGAGCUCAGAAGGUUAAGUACAGAUCUAUAAUGUUCAACCUGAGGGACAGUAACAACCCAGACUUAAGAAGGAGGGUUCUCACAGGGGAGAUUUCACCAGAGAGACUCAUUACAUUGUCUGCUGAAGAAAUGGCAAGCGACAAGAGGAAACAAGAGAACAAUCAGAUCAAAGAGAAAGCCUUGUUUGAUUGCGAGCGUAGUCUUGCUGCAAAAGCAUCUACUGAUCAGUUCAAGUGCGGGCGUUGUGGUCAGCGCAAAUGCACCUACUAUCAGAUGCAAACAAGAAGUGCUGAUGAGCCAAUGACGACUUAUGUUACAUGUGUUAACUGCGACAACCACUGGAAGUUCUGUUAACGAGAUCUCUUGUGUGUCUUUCUAUUACAAGAGACCCAUGUGAAGACAUAGAGGCUCUGUUUAUCAGAAGCUUCAUGUCCAUUUGCCAGUAUUCUGAAAAUGUUCUGGCUCUGAUGUUGUUUAAGGAUAUCGUUCAGUGUCAUAGAGAUUGAGUAGGGGUAUUUACUAAUUUAGGUGUUUGUAGCUCUUAUUUAUGUUGCUUCUCUUUGUCCAAACUGUCAACUCAACCUUUUCUUGCAGAUUUUGCCAUAUUUUGAAGUUUUUAAAAGUUUUAGAUUCUC